AUGUCUUCCGUUGAUGACGAGCCAAUUGUUGAAGAUAUAUUCGUUCCGCAAUCUCUUUUGGAUGCAGUACCAAGAAGGGAGGACGUGGUUGAAGGGACCCAUAGGGCUACUUCUCCUUCCGACCAUCCUAGCAACCAAACUGACGAGAUUCACAUUCAGAAGAGAAACCACCGUACAAUAAGCUGGGCGACUAAGGCGGCAUCGGACAAACGGGAAGCUCCACAGCGCGCAGCAAGUUACUCAUCGGGGUUGGAGGAGGGAAGGAAGCCGUUGCAUCAACUCCAAGGUCCAAGUGUUCCUCCACAUAUUCGGGGUAUAACUUCUAGCCUUCACCUUAACUGGAGUGAUUCGAUACAUCCACCGCAGUUUCUGGAGCAGGAUCCCUUUCCGGACAGCAGUGCACGAGAGCCAUUGAUAGAACAAAACCGCCGGUCACCUUUGCCAUUUCCGCGACCCGGUAAUGUUGCUAGAAAGACACUGGGCGACAGUGUGAAGAGUGUGUACAACAGGGCAAACCUUGUCAAAAUUAAACACCAACGCAAGUACUGGAUCCGGCUGUUGAUCGAAUACUCAGCAUAUGCCAUCGGGGUUGUUUUUAUAUACUUCGUUCUUGUCGGAUUGCCAUUGUGGAACGGUGCUGUAUACUGGCUCUAUUGGGUGAUGCAACAUAAGUUCGUAUUCGCCGGUGGCUGGGCAAUCUUUAUCUUUCUGCUUGUCUUCUAUUCCUUUGCGCCGCUUCUUGUCACCUUUGAGAACGACUUCCCAGGGCCGGAUUAUUACCAAACCCGACAUAUUGGCCCAACUGCCCCAGACACUGCUCUUCUGAUCCCAUGCUAUAGGUCUGGUCCCAUCAUUGGUCGGACUCUCGAGGCUGCGUUGAAAAUCUUUCCAGGCUCGCAGAUCUAUGUGAUCGCCAAUGGGGACUCCCCCACUCCAUUAGACAAUACCGAGGAGGACCUUGAAUACAAACUAGCUGGCUUACAGCGGAGUUUCGCGGGACGCAUUGGCAGUGCGACCUUCCCCCAUGGAGCUAUAUCCUUAUGGCAAAGGACGUUCUUGAAAGAGACUCUCCAGCACCAUCCGGGGUUCUCUAUUAGUGAGGAUUGGUUCAUGGGAAACAGUUGCCGGCGGCUCGGAGGAAGAAUUCAAAUGUGCAGUGCGGUCUUUGUCGAGACUACCACGCCGGCGGCUCUCCUCUUCGUUGAUCGCGGCUCAAGGAGAGGCGGCUUCGGCGAAAUGACCGUUUUCAAGCAGAGAUUUCUGCGGUGGAACUUCUUUGUGGCGAAUGGGAUCUGGUAUAAUCUAUUGUACCUUUUUGGAUCUUGGAGGCUGGGCAAGUGGGAAUUGGGUACGAAGCUCUUCGUUAUCCAGGAGGUCUAUGAGACCCUGCUAUACGUGCUCACGCCAUUUAUACUCCCAAUUGCGUUUAUCGUCCGCCCUGUGUUCUGUGGUGCUCUCUUGGGCGCAACUGCGGCUUUGUACUUGUUCAAUGUCAUCAUCUUCAACGAGAUUCAUCUGCGUCUGAAAAACGAGCGGAUCGAAUGGAAUGUUGUUCUCUGGUACUAUAUGCCUUACAAGAUCUUCUUAGGCCUUACAAAUGUUGCCAGUUGUUAUUAUUCACUGUUCAAAUAUGCACGGUAUUUUGCAAAGCGACGUCCCAAACUCACCGAAGACCACAAAGCUGUUGGGAUGGUGCUGAGAUUGGAGGAGAUUGCAGAGAGUCGCCGACGACGCGGCAAAUUGGGCAGGAGGAUGACUGUCAGAUCUCUUGGUGUACGGAAACAAAAUGAUAGUAUCGCUGAAAGUCAAAUUUUUCCUGGCCAGGGCAAUUAUUCUUGA